AUGGUGUUCCCUACGAAAUUCGUUCCUAGGAUUGGUGCUAAUAGAAAAGGACACACAAAAAAGGAUGAUAACAAGAAUGUACUCCGAGGUCAAUAUAAGGUGUCCCGUCCCGUUCCUCCAUUCCGUGGAGAUGAGGUGAUAGUGGCGCGACAUUCCGAGACAAUUGCUGAGGUGUUUCCGGAUUGGAUACAGCGUGCCAAACUGGAUGAAGCUUCUUAUCAUCCUUUCGAUCUGAACAUGCCGGUGAGAGUACCACGGCGUAAGAAUUUGAAGGACGCGUACCAAAGUGAUCCACCCAUCAGUGAGGUCGGAAGAAUUAUGGCGCAGAUAUUCGCACGUGAGUUGGUCACUCGGAAUGCCGUCCCGAAAUCCAUAUACACACCCCCGACUCUGGCGUGUGUUCAGACAGCAGCAGACAUAAGAAGUUUCAUCGGCAGCGAAUGCGAUGGAAUUUACGUCGAGCCAGCACUGGCAUACGAUCAAGGCGCUUCUGAAAAGUGGAUGAGCCUCAAGGAAUUCAAUCAGCUCAAGUACAACGUAAACGAGGACUACACUUCAGAACAGAAAAGUCGUUCCCUUUUCAAGUCUGAUGGCAUGAAGAAAAUGUUGUCCAAACUAGCGGAGAAAAAGAAAGGAAUAGUGCUAGUCAUACUGGAAGCACAAGGCCUGAAAGCACUCGCUGACCUAGAAGGCAAUAGAGGAGAUGAUAUUAAAGAGCUAUCUCCCAGUAUGUUCCCUCCGAUGUCGUCGAUGAUUUUCAGUCCCACUUCCGAAAAAGGAUCUGUAAGUGUGGAUUACGCCUCUUUCAGAAUUCUCCUCAGAUUGAAAAGAAGCGAACAGUGA